AAGGAGCCAGAUUUGCAGUGAUAAGAUGCCCAUCGAGGCACUAGCCCUGAAAAAGAAGAUCAGCAGAAUGGUCUUUGACCCAGCCGUCUGUGCCAUCCUUAGUAGCCUGCUGCUCUAUAUCACAGACCAUGUAGAUGGGCCUCAGGGGCCUCCGCCAGCCAAAGGAGCAGGAGGCAAGGAGAACCAGGUGAACCGCAGGCCCGAGCCCCAAGAACCCUACAAGCGGCCCACAAAGUUUCAGCUUCUGCAGUCCAAGUUCAUGAACACCAACCGGGAGCCCUACAUCAAGAAAACCCGGGAGGUAGGGAGGCUGAUAUUCAAGGACAAGCAAGGGCCCAGCAGAAGCUUUGUGAACACGACCAUCAACAAGCUUCUUGAAAAGACCACAGAGAAAGUCAGCAGCCCAGAGGAAGAAAAGAAGCCAUUCUCCGGCGAGAAACCCAGGUGGAGCCACCCCACUGGGAAAAGCACUGUGAAAAACAUUUUAAAGAUGUUCUUGGCCGCUGAGGAGAAGGAAGCUAAGGAGAAAGAAGCUCGAGAGAAGCCUCCUGCUGGGAGGCCUAAGGCCUCCAGGGCCAUCUUGCCAAAGAUAGUCCGCAAGAAGAACUCAGUCCUGUCCAAACUGAGAGAAAAAUUUGAGCAAAGUAGUUCUCUCUGCUCAGAGGCCAGUGUGCUGCUGCUCCGUAAAGAGGAACGGAAGAAAAAGAACCUGCAAAGGAAAAAAAUGCACAGGCCUGAAAUCCAGGUGCUCCACACAGCAACCAUGGCCAGCACCUGCAUCAAAACGCCCCUGGUCCGCUAUCUGGCCUGCACGGCAGAGCCUGUGCAGGCCUUCAGCAUCGCCACCAUUGUCUGCAGCCCCAGGUGCUGGUUGUCACACUGCACUAAAAUCAGUCACUCCAAAUCUCGAAGUAUGCCAGGAAGAGAAACAAGCCUGCCCUCCAAUGCAGGGGCAAUUGAGCCCGAUGGGAAUAAAGUACUAGGAAAGGGGCAACUCGGUGGAGAAAACAAAGGACCACUGAAAGCUACACAGUCCUUGACGCCCAAGGUGACAGCUCAUCAGGAGGACCAGGCUGCUCUGAAAAUGUCUUUCCCCAGUGCUGGGCCUGAUUGUCUGUCCAUGCUAGACUCCUAUUCUGCUUUCUGUGAAAGCAAAGCCCUUCUAAACCAGGUUCCAGUGUUAUCGCCACUCAACCCAGCCAGCCAAAGAAGCGCAGGAUUAGCUGGAUGUCAUAAAACCAUGGGACUGAGGAGAGAGAGCGCCGCAGAGGGCGUACAGGAGGCUGGCUCACGUGUAGAUUUUCCCCAUUUCAAAGAAGCAAGAGCAACCCAGUCACAUGGGCCCCCAAGUGAGGGAGCAGGGGAAAUUCCCCAAAUGACCAUGGCUGUCUGCAGUUCAGAGGAUGAAAUAGAAAGCACACCAAGCUCAGAAAGAGAUCCCUUCUUUGCCAUCCAAAAGUACUUCCCAGAACAGAAAGUACCAGAACAUAUCCCACCACUUAACACUCCAGCCGUCCAGGCUGCUUGGCGAACACAGUCUGCCAUUGAGCCUCCACAAAUAACUGUCAAACUUCCAGUUGUUUACGAAAUGCCAACCCCUCCUGUCACUCUACAAAAUUCAUCCAGUAGUGAAGACAAAUGUACUCACAUUUUUGGAGGAGAGAAUGUGAUUGAGACCGCUCAGACAUUAUUUCCCAUUAUGACUGAAAAUAAAAGGUAUAACCAAGCCACAGUGAAACCAAGCAAACUUUCUGGGAUGCCAGCGGAACUUGAUACUUCUUCACAGCAAGGGUCACAGGCAGCUCUAAAGCCUAUUCCGUUGAGAGGUGCUGCUAGUUUUGAUCGUAAUAUCCCAGAGACAGUUCUCACACCAAAACCUCAAAAAAAUUCCACUGGUGAAAAGGAAAAACACAGCCUUGGAAAAUCAAAUACUUUCAAGGAUCAUAAAGAUAUUUCAAGAGAGGAUAUUUCUGAGCUCAGUUAUGAGAAGCACCAAUUGCCAGAAUCAACUGAAAUGCCAACAUAUAACAAUCGUACUUCAUCAAAUUAUUCCACAACAUCGAAAAAUAGUCUAAGAGGAAAUAUCUGCUCCACCUCUGGCAGUCAGCAAUUGCCUUCUUCCAGUGAGAGAAACUCAAUGGCUGUCUCAACAUUGCUAGCAGCAUGUCAGCAAUUGCCCUCUUCCAGUGAGAGAAACUCAAUGGGUGUCUCAACAUUGCAAGCAGCAUGUCAGCAAUUGCCCUCUUCCAGUGAGAGAAACUCAAUGGGUGUCUCAACAUUGCAAACAGCACGUCAGCAAUUGCCCUCUUCCAGUGAGAGAAACUCAAUGGGUGUCUCAACAUUGCUAACAGCACGUCAGCAAUUGCCCUCUUCCAGUGAGAGAAACUCAACGGGUGUCUCAACAUUGCUAACAGCACGUCAGCAAUUGCCCUCUUCCAGUGAGAGAAACUCAACGGGUGUCUCAACAUUGCAAACAGCACGUCAGCAAUUGCCCUCUUCCAGUGAGAGAAACUCAAUGGGUGUCUCAACAUUGCAAACAGCACGUCAGCAAUUGCCCUCUUCCAGUGAGAGAAACUCAAUGGGUGUCUCAACAUUGCAAACAGCACGUCAGCAAUUGCCCUCUUCCAGUGAGAGAAACUCAAUGGGUGUCUCAACAUUGCAAGCAGCAUGUCAGCAACUGCCCUCUUCCAGUGAGAGAAACUCAAUGGGUGUCUCAACAUUGCAAGCAGCAUGUCAGCAACUGCCCUCUUCCAGUGAGAGAAACUCAGUGGGUGUCUCAACAUUGCUAGCAGCACCAUCCAAGGAUUGUAUAAAGUCUGAGAGUUUUACCAUGAUGGACAAGAGCAUCCUGUGUGAGCAAGAAGAAUACAAAAGGCCACCAUUAACAGAGUUUGCUCAGCCCCUAAAGAUUGCUGAAGGAAACUCCAACCAUUUAACGAGGAAUAAGCCAUCCUCAUUAAAUGAACUAUCCAAACCGAGUAUAAAAGCCUCUGAGGAAAUGAGAGCUAUGGGAAGCAUCAAGAGUCAUGCAAUUCCAUCUCCAGGUAACACCGUAAUCCCUGAAAAUAAUAUGGGAGAGGCGUUGAAUACUUUUCACCAGGAAGAAUACAGAAUACCAUCAACAAGACAUUUUGUCACUAAAGGAAAUAGUUUUGUAGGAGAGGAUCUCCCUCGUGAACCCAACAAACACCAUUUCUUGGCACCAAGUGGACCCUCAAAACACAAAAAUAGUAGAGCAGCAGAAAGGAGUAUUCUCAGUGACACAGAGCUGUGCCCAUCUUCAACACCAGAGUAUCUGACAACUCACCUGACUGAAGCUGCUAAUACCCACCUUGUGUUUGACAAGCCCCUAUCAUGUGUUUCAAAUGAAUUGACAGAAAGCAAAAAUAAUGCAGCAGUAGAAAGCAAAAAUAAUAUAGCUAUGGAAGGAAAGCCUUUGGGUAAUAACCUGAAGUGCCAGAUUCUAACUUCAAAUUAUUCCACGCCACAGGAAAAUAGGGCAGCAGGGUUUCCCUGCCACACUUUUGGCAAACAGCAAUUGCCAUCUUUGAAUCAACAGGUAAAGGAUAAAGUGGACACUGUGACAGAAAAACAGCCUUGGCUUGGCACUGAGAGCUUCCAUCAGUUUCCCACGAUGCCAUCAACAGAAGUAGGAGUAAAGUGUGUGAACAGAGCAUCCCUGGAGCAGAAGUAUCCUAGUCUUCAAACACGCCUGUUACCUUCAACGAGCAUAUUGUCAAAGCACAAGGCUGAUGUCCCAGAGGAAAAGAAUCUAGGCAAUAAAGCUGAGGAAAGUCUACAGAUGCUAGGUAACUUAGGGAGUCAAGAAAAUCACCACGAACAAAAGAAAAAUACCUCAAGUAAUGUGGGAUUACCCCAGACUCAACAGCCCAAUGAUUCUGGAAAAAAGAAAACACCAUCUUUGGUUCAGAAGGCUAUGUUGCAUACUGCUAAAAAGCCUCAAACACUGUCAUCGAAUGAUUUGGCAGAAAAUGAAAAGGUGGCUCCUGAAGUGAAGAAUUCCAGCCAGAGCACUGAGAAACGUCAAGAACAUUUACCAGGGAAGUUGGUGAAGCAUCUAAAUAACUCAACUCAAAACAGUGGAGCUCAACUUGAAAAGGAGCAAUCAGCACCAACAAGGAGUCCAGAGAAGCCAGGAAGCCUUGCUGCUCAAGGAGGAACACAGGCCAUGGUAAGCAAGAUGGCACCUCAUGACUUGGAGCAGCCCCUAAACAGUACAGCAGAAGUAAAACCUACUGCUGGCAAAAGCAGAAAAUACCAAAGACCAGCACCCAGUGAUGGCUGGAAGAAGGAACAUGACACACACCACAAGCCAAAGGAAAGCCAACCCAACACAAGCAAGAACAAAGCAUCCUCUCCUGAGGAGCUGAGAAAACCUUACCAUGAGCCAAUGAAAGCUUCUGACUCUGAGGGGUGCCAGACACCACCAAUCUCUGUUAAGGAGGGGCUUCCACACAGUCCUGGGGAAGCGAAAGACAUUCGGAACAAAAUAGAUAAAUCAGAACACAAACAACAGAGAAGGUUGGCACACUUUGCAAAGUACAGAGCACAAAGCUUCAGUGACCAAAAAUCCUUUGAAUUAUCCUUUGGCUCAAGAAUUAUCAAAGCCAAUGAUACAUUGGAAUUUCCAAAAUAA